AUGUUCAUGAUCAUUCGAGAGCCGUCCGCUGGAGGAGGCAGUGCAGGGAUGAGUGCUCCAUCGGAGAGGAGUGCAAAACAGGUGCUUCCUCAACCCUCUGCCCCCCCUCAGGUUCAGGCCGCCAUCAAGAAGAAGCUGGAGAAGCAGAAGAAGCGAGGCAACGGGCAGGGAGGAGGAGACAAUCAAAGUGCGACACCGCAGCCUCCUCGCCACAAGAAAUCCAGUCAGUUCCCCCGGACGACGAUGGCGGCGGCUGCUGAGGACAGAGAGAUGCAGGAGGAGGAGCUGGAGGAGAUGAUGGAGGGUCCACAGAGGAGAGAGAGGGAGAACGAGGAGGAGGGGGAGCCUGUGGACCUGCUGCCCAUCGUGGACUCUGUGUUUGGACAGGACAGAGAGCUGAGACCAGAGGAGCUUGACGAGCUCCGCGAGGCAUUUGUGGAGUUUGAUAGGAACAAAAAAGGCUACAUCAGUCACAAAGACCUGGGGGAGUGUAUGAGGACCAUGGGGUACAUGCCGACAGAGAUGGAGCUCAUCGAACUGAGCCAGCAGAUCUGUGGAGGUAAAGUUGACUUUGAGGACUUUGUGGAGCUGAUGGGACCCAAGAUGCUGGCAGAGACAGCUGACAUGAUCGGAGUCAAAGAACUACGAGAUGCAUUCAAAGAGUUUGACUCUAAUGGAGACGGUCAGAUCAGUUUAAACGAGCUCCGUGAAGCCAUGAAGAAGCUGAUGGGAGAACAAGUAACCAACAAGGAGAUCAACGAAAUCCUCCGAGAUGUUGACCUCAACGGAGACGGUCUGGUGGACUUUGAGGAGUUUGUACGAAUGAUGUCCCGCUGACCGGCCCAGCUGCCCACAUGUCAGAUUGAGAUGGACAGACACACAUUAUGC